CAUGCCGUGUGGAUCCUCAUCAACGCUUCCCGCUCGCGGAUAUGUACCUCAUUUCCCAGCUAGGUAUACGAUGUACGGAUACGGGCCUUAUGAUCUAGAGCCACGAGUUUCUUAUCGCUGCUGUGCGACUUAUUAGCUGAUUGGUAUUAGUACCAAGGCUAGCGCAUCAACGAAAAGUUGCACAUGCAUCCCCAUCGGCAUUUUUUUUUCUUCAAAAAAAGUGUCGAGAGUCUUCUUCAAAAUAACUCCCUGGCCCGCAAACUACCGUUCUCGAUACAAAACCACCAAGCGACGUAACCGGAAAACCCUAUCUGCUGCGAGCAUGGCAUCUCUUCUCGACCUCGGCUCGGCCAACUGGUCUUACUACUCGGUUCCUGCCGCUUUUGUCUUGGUUAUGAUUCCGCACACCUAUGCCAACUUUUCGGCCGGCAAGAACUAUGACCUGGCCAACCCCCGCAAGACCGAGGAGUACUGCGCCAAGGACACGACCAUGGACAAGGUGACACUCCGCCGCAUUUCGCGCGCCAGAGCGGCCGUGUCCAACGGCUUUGAGACGCUGGGUCUGUACGCGGCGGGCAUCGUGGCCGCCAACGCCUCGGGCGCCGUGCCCACGGCUACGCUCAACGCCCUGGCUCUGGGGUACCUCGUGUCGCGCGCUAUCUACAACUACAUCUACGUCUUCAUGCAGGACAACGCGCGCGCGGCGCCGCUGCGUAGCCUCGUCUGGCUCGCCGGGCUGGUCGUCAUCUUCUCCCUCUUCCUCAAGGCUGGCGGCGGCGUGGUGAACUGAUGCGUGUUCUCUUGUCCCAAUUUUUUUUUUAAAAAAAAUAAACUCUUGUUCGUGUUAUUUACUGUGUGAUGACGACGGGUAAACAAUAGACAAAAACAUGGAGGAUUUCAAGUAAAUAUGAACUGGUCACGGUCGUCGCGGACUUUACCACAAACCUAUACAUAGCUGUAUUUAUUUAUUAAUUUAUUUAUUAACUCUA